UGUUUUUUUUCAGGUUAGGGAUUUCAUCCAGAAGAAGACUACGCUUCUCACAAAGCCCUACAAGCCCGAAACAGAGAGGAUGUUGCUAUGCUCCACAAGCACCCUUUCGAUGUAAGUGAUGGCAUGGGAAGGAGAUUACCUCUUCGAUUAUUCCUACUCAGGAUGUUUCUUGGACAUAAUACCAGGCGAAUUGGAAUUACAUCAAACUUUUGGUGACAUUGAGGACAAUUUGAAGCAGAAUGCUGUGUGUAUUGAGCAGAUUAUGAAGGAGCUGCAAUCAGAUCUUACUAAGCUAUGUAUGGGAGGAAAACUACAGCACACUGGUGACAGCUUACAGUGGUUAAGCAAUUACAAUAUGUCCUGUGUUAAACCAUUCACCACUCCAUGUGAUCAGCUGACAAACUUUCUUAAAGCACUGCUUCACUUUCUGAAGACAGAAGAAGGCUCAGAAGAAAAGGUGUUGCAGCUACUCCUGGAUCUCUCUACUGAGUGUGGUGUUGUGUUUCCAUUGAAUUCAUGUGGAGCUUCAUUUCAUGUUCCUUCCAGUACUUCAGUUCAUGCUGUUGACUUCAAUGACUCUCUUGAUGCAUUGUCUAUGUGGGAUGACGUGAGGUUACAUCUGCGUAGGUUCUUAGUGGAUAAACUUCAAAAUUGUCAAGAAAUAAAUGAUGUCCUUCCAAAUAUUCAAUUCAAAGCACAAUGUCUUCAGCAACUCCUAUUUUUGUACCCGGAAUCUGAAGUUCUAACCAAAUAUCAAAGUAUCCAGUGCAAAUCUAUACAAAAUAUGCUGAAGAAUAAUGUUUUGACCAACACUGAUGAGAUCAGUUUCGACAAAGUGGCUCAUGGGUUUGAAAACGUGAUUCCUGCGAUGUGUACGAUGCUGAGACAAGAUAUGUAUGCUUUACAUACACUUGUGGAGGAUUCUAAAGUACUGAAAUUUAUCAAUAAUGCAUACUUACAGAAUAUUACAGAUGAACUCAAUCUCAUUAUUGAAAACCUUUGUGAGCAACAGCUGAGGAAAAAUAUCCAAAAUUUGGAGAAGACAAGCAAAAGCUUAAACAAAGGAGCAGUACAGUCUGUGGUUCCACGGGAAGAGACUAAGAGGGGAAGGAACUUGUGUCUUAAUGCACAUCAGCUCAGAUGCCUUUCCCAUUUGAUGAAAAUUCUCCUUCAUAUGGAAAAGCGAAUGAAGGAACUAGCUUCUGAGGUCUUUUUGGGAAACCCUUCCACACAGCAUGGUAGAAAUGUUCGAGGAGUGCUAAAGAAGACCCUAGCAAACAUUGAUGGGCCAUCAGAGAUGAACAAAGCUAACAUCCAAGCCGAUCAAUUACUACUUUUGACUGAGUCUAUUUCCCUUCAAUGUGGUUGGCGAAAUGCUUUCAAGAGCCUCGGAUAUUCUGCAGCCCUUUGUAUGAAAGUGGCCAUUGAAGAUACAUGUUCAAGAUGCCUUCAACAAGAAAAAAAGCAAUAUAUAUCAAGUAAAGGCUUAUCAACAAGCACUUGCCCAAUGCAAGCUACGUGGGAUCAGUGCAUGGAGGAAGAGCAACCUAAAAAAGUUGUAAAGUUUUGUUUUGAUAUCAUGGAAGAACUUGACAGCUUGCUUCCAUUAGCCCUGGCAAGCAGUGAGAGCUUUCUACAGGAAAUUAGAGAAGCAUUUUUGGAUGGCUGUUCUAAAGUGGCAACAGAUCUGCUAUCUCGACUUGAAGAGAGAAGUAAAGAGGUCCCUUCCAAGGUUCCAGUACAAAAUCUCUAUAUAAUCCUUUCCACUGCAAUAUUCAUCCAUAAUUACUUAACCAAGUAUGAGAAUUUACUGAAAGAGUUGAACACAAAUAGGCUGUUAUUCUUGCCAAUUCAGCAGUAUCAAGAAUUCAUCAGAGUGAUUCAGCUUCGAGUGACCAAUUACUGCAUAACAGUCUGUGCUACAAGCAUUAUCCAAGAUGCACAGAGCCACCACUGGGAUGAUUCCAAAUCUUUUUAUGAGGGAGAGCGAUGUUCUUUCUCCAUUCAAAUGUGGCACUACUACUGCUCUGCUCUCCGUUAUGAUCUCUGGAGUGUGCUGCCCUCUAGAUUAGCCCAGGAGCUUCUAGCUGAGGUAUUGAGUGAAUCCUUAACCAUUUUUGUUGGCAGAUACUCUCAGUCUCAUCCGACAUAUAACAGAACUUCACAGAUAAGAAUUGACAUAAUUGCCAUACUUCUGUGCACUGAGAAUCUCCUUUGGUCAGUUUGUCAUUCAGCUGAAGAAUUACUUCAGCCUUCAGAGGAUAAGUCUCGCUGGAUUCUUACCAUUCAUAACCAUUGUAAUGCACUACUUGCUGUUCUUGCUAUUGUAACAUCGCCCCUGGAGAAAGUAUAUGAAAUAUUCUGCAAUGGUUUCUCUGAAUAUAUUUCUGUACUGCACUUGGAACCAGUGGACAAUACAUUACUGGGAUGGUUACAUUGGAUUCAACCUUCCUGUUUUUCAAAAGCAUUGCAUGGAAGAUUUUUCCAAAGAUAUUUUCCUCAAGAAUCUGUACAUAAGUAUUUGCUACCUAAGAUGGCGCUUCUGUGUUUCAGUUCUUCGCUAUGGGAUAAAAUUGCAGUCGAACAAUACCUUAUAUUGUUGUUGUCACAACCCAACUGUAACUGGAACCUACUUCUACAAAUUCUUAUGCUUGAGGACUGCCUCAUACCUCGAAUUCUUCUGAAUAAUGCAUCUAUUGAUGAAGAAAACUUUAAUGAUGUUCACACAAAGGGAAAAAAUAAUAAGCAAUCCAAAUUGAUAGAAGCAAUCGUUAUGGUGAUGAUAUACUCCAAAUCACUGCCCAGAUGUCUCAGUAUUGUUCUUGAAGAUUAUAUGGACAAACACCAGAUGUGGAAUCAGCUGUAUUACUUAUCAGUUGCAGAUAAGUCAAAGGUGCUAAGCUGUCUAAAACUCCACAUAUCCAAAGCAAACAAGCCAACUCUAAAGCAGCUGAUCUCCUUGCUACUAAUGUGGCAAGCAGUAGAGAGUCAUGGAACAUGUCAUUAUAAACAAAUGCUUCCUGAAAGUUUGCUCAAUAAAAUUCCUAAAGCAUGGGAUUAUGUACCAAGGGAAUUGAAAAGAAGAGAAUCUGGAAAAAAUUUGACGAAACUUAUGGCUCAGGCUGUUUCUGUUGUAAUUGGUAACCUACCUGCAGCAAUUGCUUCAUUGCCUUGUACAAUUAAAUACCUCUUCAACUUAGCAGGAAAGAAACUUCAUAACAAUAAUCCUGAGCUCAGAAGAUCAUGCCUUCUUUGCUAUGUUACAAUUAUUUGCCAAACUCUCGAAGACGGAAAUGCCCUAGAGCUUUUGACAAGUGUUUCAAUAGAUAAAUGGAUUAAAGAUAAACUGGGUUUGUUGAGUGAUUGUCUUCAGAGCAUUAUGGGGCAGCAAAAGGAAAAUUCCAAACCUAUAAUACACAAGGUUAUCAAUUCUCUGGAAAAACAGAAACCUAAAUGGAUUGAAUCCCAGCUACAAAAAGCAGGAGAAUUGUGCACAGAACAAUGGGAAAUGCAAGCUGACAGAACUCUUGAUGCCAAAGAACAGGAUAUGGUAGAUAACCUGCGAAAGCUGUAUUUUCACAAGGACAGCCAAAUUUAGAGUAGCAAUAUAAGUAGUUCAGUUUUGCUGCUUUGCUUUUUGUCCAACUGAAUAGUUAAAUGUUUUAUCAAAAAUAAUGCAGCAAUGGAAGAACAUGAACAGUAACUAAACAUGUCUUAUGUUAUGAGGAAGUUGUCCAUUAGUUAUAUUGUCAAAAUAUGCAGUUUGAUGUGUUAAUUUAGAUUCGCAUUGAAUUCUGAAGAAAGUAGUUGAAUUUUAAUACAUUUAAGUUUUACAUGUCUUUAUGUUUGGUUGGAAUUAAACGCCUGUCUGAUCGCUUAAAGGGUGCACAACUGAACUACACAGAACAGGAAUUUCCCCAGUUUAUAUGAAGUCUACAUUAGUUCGCUGAUCUUCACCAACAAGGUAAUGCCAGUUUUAGACUUGGUAUCAUACCCACUGGAAGAGAAACAACAGUCACUAUGUCUCCUGAUCAUUAGUGGCCCCUGCUGGAAAUGCAUGUUUGUGAAUAUUGAAUGAGGAUAGUUACUGUACUCCUUUCCAUGUCUUUAUAAUAAAUCACUCUGUAUCUUGAUGUUAGAAUUGACUUGUAUGUUUUUAAACAAGUGUGUUUUCUUAAAGGUUGUUUUAAAUAAUCCUGUAGGCAUCAUACAAUGUCUUCAAUGGAAUGUGUUCUGUUAUUAUUAGAAUUCAUCUAGUAGAUUUGAUCUAGAAUAACAGAUCAGAUAUUAUUGUCUCUAUCAAUGUCUUGUGGAAUAUAUGCAAUAGAAGGUGAGGCUGUAAAAAUAGAAACAAAUACUGUACCAGCAA